CAAUGCUGUCCAGCAGUAUUAGAUACUCCGUAAUAGAUAUACUACGUACGUUACUACGUACAUUUGCUAACUUCAUGGAGUUCCUCUUCUCCUCAACUCCAAGUUGACAAUUGUCGAUCUCUUAAGGUAAAGUUUCGUUGGGAAAAAGCUAAGGAUUUACAUACGUAAGGUCACAAACACAUCUUGGGGUUUGAAGAAGUGAUUGUUGGUUUGAUCUCGAGAUGAGUAAACUUUUAGGGCUAUCAGGCCUGAACAGCACGGAUCGGUUCAAGUCGUUAACUGCUUCCCGUCCUGGAGCUGCAAAGAAUUUGUCUAUUCCUUCGCGCGCCUCUUCAGAUUCAGUUUCUGCGGGAAGUUUCGUGAAUCUGAAGCUAACUGCAGAGAAAUUGGUGAAGGAGCAAGCUUCUGCCAAAAGUGAUCUUCAGUUAGCUAACUCUAAGCUGAAGAAAUUGACGGAAGACACUGGUGUUCUGGAAGAAAAAUUACAAAAUGCUUAUAACGAAAAUGCAAAAUUGAAAGUUAAGCAAAAAGAAGACGAGAAACUUUGGAAAGGACUGGAAUCAAAGUUCACUUCAACAAAGACCUGGUGUGAUCAACUCACUGAGACUUUGCAACAUCUAGCUGGCCUUGUACAGGAUGCGGAGAAGGUUAAAGCAUUUCUCGAAGAUAAACUAUCUGCAUCAUCAGUUUCUCUUGAUAAUUUGCAUGGUCAGAUGCAGACUCUAUCAUUGAGGCUGAAAUCUUCAGAAGACACUAUCAGACAUCGUGAAAAUGAGCUGAAAGAACUUUGCGAUGAGAAGCGGAGAAUGGAGGAAAGUUUCAAGGAUGAACACAAUAAAGCCUCCAAGCUAAUUGCUGAAAAAGAUGCCGCAGUCAUGAAACUUGAAGAAACUGUCAAAUCUGACGGACUUGCUAUUGAGACUUUGAAUGCUAGAUUGGAAGAGUUGAAUCUUGAAUCAAGACACAAAGGGGAUGAAUUGAAAACUUUGAGCAGUAUCUCACAGAGUUUAGAAAAAGAAAAUUGUGAACUUAUAUCUAGCAAUAAGGGUUUUGCUGACAGAUUGGGAAAGGCACUCCAAGAAAUAAAGAAUCUUCACGGUUUUGUCAAUUUGUUGACAAAAAAACUCACACAACUCGAUGAUCAAAGUCAAACCUUUUGGGAGAAGGUCACUCAGCUUAAUGCUUUAUUUGACAGCUGUUUUAAGCUGGUCCUCGAAGAGAAAGACCUUGCUGCUCAACUUGCUGGACAGAAAAUUGAAAAGCUCCAUAAGCGGUAUACAUGUGUUGUUUCAGAGAGAAAUGCUCUAGAGUUGUCUAAUCAGAAUUUGAAUGAUAAGGUCAUUGCGCUUCAGAAAGAUCAAGAAUAUCCAAUGGUCCAACAUGCAGAAGAAUGCCAUUUAGCUGAAGAUAAAAUCAGGAAAUUAGAUUCUGAUAUAGAAAACCAUUGCUCUAAGAAGAUAGAAUUGGAAUUGACUAUUUCCAAGUUGCAGAGAGAUAUUGAAACUUUAUCAGAAACCUCAAAAGCAUCUGAUAAGAAAAUGCAAGAGUUGCUAUCAAAGCUUUCUGAAUUGGAAGCUGAUAACAAGGAUUUCACAGACAAGCUACAAUUGGAUCUAUUGAAAAAGGAUGAAGAAAUUAAUCAUUUGCGAGAGGGAAUUGCGAAGUAUGAAGAACGCGUGAGUUCACUGGGAAACGAAAUCAGUGAGUUCACUAAUGCAUUGGAGGAGAAAGAUAAACUUCUUUUUGAACUUAAGGAUAAGGAGAAAGAGUUAGGAGAUCAGAAGGCUGAGAUUAAAAAAUCUCUGAUUGACGCUGAAAGCAAACUUACUGAAGCGAAAAAGCAGUAUGACCAGAUGUUAGAAAACAAGCAACUAGAGCUUUCAAGGCAUUUAAAGGAUAUAUCUCAGAAAAAUGAUCAGGCCAUUAAUGAAAUGCGACACACAUAUGAGAUGGAGAAGGUGGCGAGCAUCAAUAUGGAGAAAGAAAAGGCUGAUAAACUUGUUGGAGAGAUGCAAAAGAAAUGCGAGCAGAAGCUUGUGGAAUGCAGAGAAGAAUCUAGGCAGUACUUGGUGCAUGUACAAGAAGAACAUGCUGCUCUUGUUAGUCGCAUUCAGCAAGAGAAUGACAAGAAGGAAAUGAAUCUUGUAUCCUCUCACAAAGAUGAGAUAAAACGCAUUCAACUUCAUGCUGAAAAUGAAUUCAGAGAAAAAAUAAUAUCACUCAGGAAUGAGCAUGAUGCUCAAUUAAGCGCUUUGAGGUGUGAGCAUGAAGACGAGUGUAGAAGACUUCAGGAAGAGUUGGAUAUUCAGAAGUCCAAAGAGGAGAAGCAAAGGGCUUUGUUGCAAUUACAGUGGAAGGUGAUGGGCAAUGCGGGAGAAGACCAAGAAGUAACUUCAAAGAAGAACUAUUCUGUUUCAUCAGGUAAGAAGAAACAAUUUGAAAAUGGAAAAUGGGACAAACGUGGUGUUGACCAAGUAGAAGUACAGGAUAAGGAUUCCGCUUAUUUCAAAGUAUCUGGAACACCUGUGUCAAAUUUGCUGAGGAAAGUGGAGAAGGUUAAUACAGGAAGUGUGAUGAGUCUUCCUAAGCAUGGUAGGAAGGUUACUCAUCGUGAAUAUGAAGUAGAGAGAACAAAUGAUGGAACAGUAACCAAAAGGAGGAGAACAAAGAGCACAGUCAUGUUUGGGGCACAGGAGUUAGGCAAGCAAAAGAAGAAAGAGACGCCGAAAGCCACUACUCCAAUGCAUGCUUUGAUGAAGGCAACUACAGGGGGUCACACAAAACCAGCCAAUAUAGAUGAUGGAGUCCACACAAAACCCGCCAAUAUAGGGGACUUGUUCUCUGAAGGAUCACUGAACCCAUAUACAGAUGAUCCAUAUGCAUUUGGUUAGAGGUUAUAGGCUCAUAGCGCUACAUCUUCCCCAACAACUAUUGUUCAUUUCCAUUUUCUGGUACGGAAUAUAUGGUCCUAUUGUUCAACGAUCAGACUUAUUCAUUUUAGAGGGAAAAUUUCCACUCGUUUACUUUUGUAUUGCAACUAGCAGCUGCUUCAGCGCAUCUUGAAACUGCUACACUUGCGAAAAGGAUCAAGACAAAGAUUUAAAAAACUGUUAAACGGAGGCGGCCGAACAUAUUAUUGUCAUUGAUGAACAAUUAACUAAUUACAGACCUACAGGCUACAGAAUAACAGAAUAAUAACAUUGCAUAUGUGAUAUUUGUGUAAUUUUCGAUCGUAUUUGUACACUUUUAAUUAGUUUUGUGAUUAGUUAGCUUGAGAUUAUGAUGGAAUAAAGCAAAAUGAUUCAUUAAACUGUCUGCGCUUCUUUGUUAUGAAGCAGCACUCAGUCCAUGCAAUUUUGGAUGAGAUUUU